AAAGCCAAUGUACUGAAAAAAGUCCCUUACUUCCACAUGCUUCUGUGAUCAAUUUGGUUCCCCUGAGAACCAGGACAAAAGCGCUCUGGAUAUAACCAGCUUUCAUCCUAGCCCUGCAAUUUAAUCUUCUUUCUGUGUAGAAAAAGGGAAAAAACAUUUGUUUUCAUGGUUCCUAUAUUCCCUCCUGAAUUAUCUGCAAACCCAAUCACUUUGUACCAGACCUUCCACUUUGCAUUAAUGGCUUCCUCAAAGUUACCCAACCUUUAGAUUUGGGUCUAAAUUUUGCUCCUAGUUUAGCCCUGAACUUGGGUUUUCCUUAUUGGAGAAUUUCACCACUUGUUUUUUUUUUUUUUUCUGUUGAAUUUAGAUAUCUUUUAGCCAUGUGUGAGAGUUUAUGAAGGUUCUCUUUCUAUUGUUCUCGCUUUUUGUAAUCUCUAAAAUUUCGGUCUAAUGUGGUUUGGGGUUUAUCUAGAAGUUGGGUUUUUCCCCUUGGUGAGUUCAACUUAUCUUUAUAUACUUCUGUAUUAAGUUUUUGAAGUUAUUCACUCACUUCUUAGUGGCUGUCUCUGACCUCCAAAUCCUGGUCUGGUUUGGCUCAAUAUUUAGCCCUGAGUUUGGGUUUAUUAUGAUGUUGAACUCGCCAUGUUAUUUAUCCUCGGUUGUAUCAGUUUAUGCAGGCAUUCCAAUUCUUAGUGGCUUUCUUUUAAAACUAUAAACUUUGGUCUAAUUUGGCUGUGAAUUCAGUCCUGAAUUUGGUUUGUUUUCUUGGGUUGUUUGCUUUCUGUCUCAUACAUGGCUGCUUCAGUUCUGCUGAACAACAGCCAGGAAAUAAGCAGGCAGGAAAUUCAAACGGCCAUUGCCAAAGCCGCUGAGUUAAGGGCUCUUCAUGCUGCAUUGCUUCAAGGAAAUAGCCCGGCCAACCUCAAGUUACAGGCCUGUGCUUCUCCUUCUGGUUCGAGGUCGUCGAACCCGUUCUCUGCUCAAGACUACCCAGUUUUCACGCCUAGCUAUGAUGAAGAACCCCUCCCUAAUUACAGUCAAAUACUAUCUGAGGACCGAAGGUUAUCUCAAAAUUGGGACACCACAGGUGUCGAAGACAACGAUGCAAGAGAAAUGGAAGAAGAAACAGCUGAUGAGACGGAUUUAACCUUUAAAAAGAAACAAAGCCCAUUAAGCAGAGAUGCUUUAUCAUCUGGUGUAUUCAUCAGAGAACAACACAUUUGUUCAUCUGAGAAACCCUCUGCAACUUGUAACAAGUGCAAGCCUGCGACUAUCAUGAGAGAUAAUCAAAUUCCAGAACAAUUGAACACAACCCAAGUAUCCGAUUCUCCUCAAAAGAAUGGGAAACCAAUACUUUCAUGGCUAUUCCCUCGAUUAAAGAAGAAGACUAAACAGGAAUCAUCUCUUAACAGGGUGGAACCAGCUGAUAACUCUCAAGCUUUCAAGGACUGGGGGUUUCUCCCUCUAGAAUCCCUGAAGAAAGAGCUCAUUGAAGCAACCCAGAAGAGAGAUACAGCUUUAACAGAGGUAUCGGAAAUGAAAUCCUCCAUGACUGAGCUGAAACAGAAGCUUGCAAGCCUCGAAUCAUAUUGUGAAGAGCUAAAGCUUGCUCUGAAACAAGCAGUUCAAGGAAAAGAAACCCAAGUACCCGAAAGACCUAAUCUCACAAAGAAAGGCAAGGGAAUGGAAACUCUUAAGGAAAACCCCAUGCCUGUGAGCCAUGAAGUUAUGGUGGAAGGGUUCUUGCAGGUUGUUUCAGAGGCCAGACUCUCGGCUAAACAAUUCUCCAGAACUCUUGUGACCCACCUCGAGAGCACUGAUGAAAAUUUUAGAGAGAGAAUCAGUUUAUUGCUGAAACCAUACAAUUUGAACAUCAAUUCUAGAUUCUCAAGAGGGGUGUUGUAUCAUUUAGAAGCUCUGAUAAACCAGGCCAUGUAUCAAGAUUUCGAGAACUGCUCAUUCCAAAAGAAUGGCUCACCUACUAUAUUAGACCCAGAGAGAGAUAGGCAAGCAAAAUUUGCGUCAUUUGUUUCUUUGAGAAACUUGAGUUGGAAUGAAGUUCUUAGAAAGGGGACCAAAGUUUACAGUGAAGAAUUCAGUAGGUUUUGUGAUCAGAAGAUGAGCUGCUUAAUAUCUGUGCUCAAUUGGUCUAGGCCAUGGCCUGAGCCUUUGCUUCAGUCAUUUUUCAUUGCAGCUAAAUGUGUUUGGCUUCUUCACCUUUUGGCUUUCUCCUUUGGACCACCAUUGAUGAUAUUGAGGGUGGAGGAGAAUAGGAGCUUCGACCCAGCUUUCAUGGAGGAUAUCUUGGUAGAGAGAAGAAGAAUGCAGAGCCCUUCAAAGGUUAGGAUCAUGGUGAUGCCUGGUUUCUAUGUUCAGGAUAAGGUGCUUAGAUGCAAGGUGUUGUGUAGGUAUAGAAGUGUUGCAUGACCUCUCUCUCUCUCUCUCUCUCUCUCUCUC